AUCGCGAUUAUCCCGUGGAUUGGUCUAACCCUAAGGCGAAGUCACCCAUUAGACUGUCGAAAAACCAUCAUAGCCUCACUCAUACUCACCUCUGCCUUCGUCUUUAUCACUUUCUUCGCCAAGACCGCCGCUCAGCUUCUCACCGGCCAGAUCUUGCUCGGAUUUCCCUGGGGCGUUUUUCAGACCAUCACGGUCGUGUACGCCAGUGAGGUCUGCCCCGUGGUAUUGCGACCAUACCUAACCACCUAUGUCAAUCUGUGCUGGAUAUUUGGUCAGCUCAUUGCAUCGGGCGUACUCAAAGGUGUGGCGGGACGGUACGACCAAUGGAGCUACAGGAUUCCUUUCGGAUUGCAGUGGCUGUGGCCGGUACCCAUCAUGAUCGGUGUCUUUUUGGCUCCCGAGUCUCCCUGGUGGCUGGUCCGACACGGUCAACGAGAGAAGGCCAAAACGGCUCUCCUUCGUCUCACUUCCGCUCAAGAUACCAAUUUCGAUCCAGAUGCCACGAUUACAAUGAUGGAACAUACCGACCUGAUGGAGAAGGCCGUAUCCGAGGGCACGAGCUACAUUGACUGCUUCAAGGGGGUCAACUUGCGCCGUACUGAGAUCGCCUGCUGUACCUGGGUGACACAAGUGUUUUCAGGCAUCGCCCUCAGCGCCUACUCCUCUUACUUCUAUCUUCAGGCUGGUCUACCGAGGAAGCACGCCUUUACCUUGACCGUGGUCCAAUAUGCCCUCGGUGCUAUCGGAACUGGGAGCUCUUGGGCCUUGAUGUCUCGCUUUGGGCGUCGCACUCUCUACUUGGCGGGUAUCGCAGGCAUGUGGCUUCUUAUGGUGAUCGUUGGAGUGGUAGCCGUGUCCAUACCUCAUUCCUCCACGGAGCCAACGGCAGGCUGGGUGAUUGGGAGCUUGUUGAUUGCAUGGACCAUUAUAUACGAUAUGACUGUUGGUCCAGUAUGCUAUGCCUUGAUCUCAGAGCUCCCUUCGACGCGACUACGGGCCAAGACGAUUGUCAUCGCUCGAAGUUGUUACAAUGUCGCGGGGAUUUUGCUGGGCGUUCUGACUCCACGCAUGCUCAACCCUUCCGCAUGGAACUGGGGUGGCAAGACGGGGUUUUUCUGGGCCGGCUCUUGCUUGCUGUGCUUUAUCUGGACAUACUUUCGUCUGCCUGAGCCCAAAGGGCGCACUUACCGUGAGCUUGACAUCUUGUUUGCCCUUGACACACCGGCGAGGAAGUUUGCUGGGACCGUCAUUGAAGCUGUGAGCGAGGAAAACGCUGUGUUGGAGGACGCGAAGAUGCCGGUGAUAGAGGUGGUCGAGAGGAUUUCGUAA